AUGUCGACAAGGAAGCUGAACAUCCAUCAAUGUUUGCCACUGGUAGAAAGGAUCACUGAAAGAGUAAGAUGCUGGUCAGCUAGAUUGCUUUCAUACUCAGGAAGACUCCAGUUGAUCAAGUCUGUGUUGUUUGGUAUACAAACAUAUUGGGCUCAAAUUUUCUUAUUGCCAAAGAAGAUCAUGAAAAUGAUAGAAGCAAUCUGUAGAACUUUUCUGUGGACUGGCUCAACAGAAUGCUCAAGGAAAGCUUUGAUUGCAUGGGACAAACUAUGUCAACCUAAAGCUGCAGGAGGUCUUAAUAUUAUAAACAUGGGACUAUGGAAUAAAGCAGCACUGAUGAAGCACUUUUGGGCAUUGGCUAUGAAAAAGGAUGUAAUGUGGAUCAAAUGGGCUCAUACUUAUUAUAUAAAGAAUAGGGAUAUCGUGGAAAUGGAAGUACCCAAAGCAGCAGCUUGGGUGAUUAGGAAAAUUAUUGAGGCAAGAGAGGAUGUGAAGCAGAUGAAUGGGACAGCAUAUUACAGCCACAUUGGAGACACUAACAAGACAGGGCAAAUUUCAAAUUCACAAAGCUUAUGUUCAGAUGCAGCCUACAUUGCCAAAAGUUAUGUGGAAAAGUCUCCAUCUACGCACACAUCUAGCAUGGAAGAUUUUGAUCACUUGUAUUUUGGUUGUCCAAAAACAAAUAGCUUAUGGGACAGAAUGUUGAGAUGGCUUGGAUUCACAAGGCAGAUAGGAAGCUGGCAGAAUGAGAUACUGUGGAUCAACAAUCAGUCAAGAAGCAAAAACUGGAAAGCAGAAGUAACUACAGCAACAUUUGCGAUGGUUGUCUAUUGCAUUUGGCGCGAAAGGAAUUUGAUUAGAUUCAACAAAGGCAGAUACAAUAUAGAUGAAGUAUGCAAGGAAAUGGCUAUACACAUACACAUUCACGGGAGGAAAAAAGCAAAAUGGCAAAAGAAAUUGGAGAGCUUAAACAAUUUUCCUUAG